UCCUGCACGCUGACGCCGCACCCGGAAGCUGGCGGCUACCUGCUUUGUUAUGUUUUGGUCGGAGUUGAAGUAGAGGCAGGGAGAGCGUGGCGAGAGCGGCACAGGACCGCUCAUUAAAUGGGGCGAGCUCUACCGGGCAUGGAAGAUGAAGGACCCAUAGCUGGUCAGUCUACGAUGCCGAGUUUUAUCAGCAGUUUCGAGGACGGGAGGGCCAAAUUGUCCCGCAAUCUGUCGACUGAAACUUCCUACUCCGAUGCCAAAGUUGAGCGAUCGGUGAUUGAUUUGAGCGGCCGUGUCACCGUGUCGGACUCACAGCUGUCCUCCGUAGAGGUGGACGGGGGCACGGAGGAGCGCAUAGGCGAGGAGGAGGAGAAGGAUGCGGAGGGUAACAACAACAACAACUGCAACAGCGGCAGCAGCGGGGGAGGCGGGGAGAGGCGCAGGGCCAGUGCAGUGGAAAUAAUACUGAGGAGGAAUUUCGGAACCGUCUCUAAAUCUCCAUCACUUUGUCUUAAUGUUUGCACUCGGACUCCGUGUGAACCAGAGGAUGACAACCACCAAAAAGACACUACAACGAGCGGAGAUGAUAUUGGGGAUGAGAAAAAGUCGAGUCAGGAAACGGACGAACCCGCAGUCAAAAACGAACUCACCCUGAACGAUACUGGGGACCUAAAAGGAGUUGGAUUUGCUUCUACUGAGUGCCAAAAUGUUAGUGAUAAUGAUGGAAGCACAAUAAGUUCAGUGGAGUCUUUUAAUACCAAAGAACACGUGUAUUGCACUGUUUACUGCAUUGCCAACGACAAAAACUUAAAAGAUUAUGAUUUACCAAACCACUCAAACGAAACUCUGGCUCUUCCUGACCAUGAGGCGUAUUCUAUUCCACAACUGGAAAUGGAAAUGUACCCCAAUUCGAGCCCAGAGCCGGAUCUGUAUACACUGGAAGACCUGGUGGAUCCAAUCGCAGACUUGUCCCGCCGGCUUUCUAUGGAACAGGCUGGUGCAGAGACUAAUGCGCAGCUUUGCCGGGUGUGCCUCGAGUUAAAAACGAUCUUACCCCUGCCCUGCUGUGGGAUGGAAGUGUGCGAAGAGUGCCUGAAACUCUACGUCAGCUCGCAGGUGCGAAUGGCCAAAGCCUUUGUGAGCUGCCCGAGCCCGGACUGCAGUGGUUUCCUGGAGGAGGGGCUGAUGCUGUCCCUUCUGACCAGUGAGGAGGUGGCCAGAUAUCGAUACUUUCUGGAACUGAGUCAACUGGACUCUAGUACCAAACCCUGCCCCCAAUGUAACCACUUCACAUCACUCAAGAAUCACACCCCCAACCGCUCCGAGCACAAAUACAAGAUUCAGUGUGAGAGUUGCCAGUUCUUGUGGUGCUUCAAAUGCCACGCGCCUUGGCAUAACGGUUUGAAGUGCCGUGAAUACAGGAAAGGGGACAAGCUCCUCCGAACGUGGGCCAGCGUCAUCGAGCAUGGCCAGAGGAAUGCGCAGAAAUGUCCUCAGUGCAAGAUCCAUAUUCAGCGGACCGAGGGGUGUGAUCACAUGACCUGUGCACAGUGUAACACCAACUUCUGUUACCGCUGUGGGGAGCGCUAUAGACAUUUACGAUUUUUUGGGGACCACACUUCUAACCUGAGUGUAUUUGGCUGCAAGUACCGCUACCUUCCCGGUAAACCCCAUCUGAGGCGCUUUGUCAGGGGCUCUGUCUGUGCCUCUAAGAUACUGAUAGCACCAGUAGUCAUUGUGCUGGUGGUGGUGCUGGGAGCUCUCGCCCUCGUAAUAGGUUUGGUAGUUUUCCCCAUCUACUAUUUAUCCAAAAAGAAAAAAAAGCAGCACUCUCAGGGUUCUGGACGCUGGAUCUGAAACUCGUCUGGUCUCAAGGCUCCUCUCACAAACCACGCCCCUUAACAACAGACUAUGCCCCUUUACACCAGGCCACACCCCUUCAUAACAGACCACGCCUUCACAACAGACCACACCCACACACCUCAGGGAGCUUCCAUUCUGAGUCAUCUUGAUUGUCUCCCACGCUCAUGGAAGGUACAGGGUGAUUACCAGCCUCUCAGGUAAAAACAGAGGCAGAUUAUAAUUACUACUACUACUGCACAAUUCAAGCCAAAGGGAAAGACUCUGCUAUCUGUAUACUGUGCAAAGAACAAAAACAACACAUUGGAUUAUCUCUCUGGUUGAAAACUGUCAAGCCAAACUCCAAGUCUGUAUCACAACACAGGAUUUUAUCAAGUCAUAUUAUGUUAUACUACAGUGAAUAUCAAAUCAGAAGAAAAAACUCUCAACACCUUGCACAUUGCUUCCUUUUUGUUGGCAUACAAAAGGAGCAAUUUGAAAACCCCUGCCCAAGUAAACACCAUGGACACUGGGGAGGAUGAAAACGUCUGAGUGGCUGAUGAACAAACCUGAAAAUAAAUAAGUGCAAAGUUUAGAAGAGCAAUAUAACCUUGAUUACAUCUUUUAUUUAAAAGCCUUUGCCUUUUAAAUUCACACAAGCUCAUAUAUAUCUGAUAUACUUUAGCCCUAAGAUCCAACCCCUUUGUCCAUGCCAAAAGCCAAAUGUCUUUAUCUGAAAUAAAAAAGCUGUUGUAGCCAAUACAAAACAUGUGGCCAGACUGACGUGCAGCCAUAGCAUUGUCAGAUAGAGUUUAUAUUUGAGAAGGAUGGUAGUGUUAUUGUGUCUUUUGGAGUUGGCAGAGCAAACAAAUCUCCACGAAAGGCCUUUGUAAAGCACUGGUAACGGUUCUGUGCAGAUAUGUAAGAGAGAGGUACUUUAAAAUAAUUGUUGAAUCUAUUUUUGGUUUCAAAUAUUCCUACAGGGUAUGUUUUUAGCUGUAACAGCAGAUCCAAAUAGGUCUGUUGAUGGAAAAAUAGUUUGCAUAAUGUACAUGUCAAGCUGCUAAGAGCACUGUGGCUUUUGCAGUGAAAGGAAAAGUCUUUAGUGUUUUAAGAUUAUUUAGUGCCAGUAGUUUGUAACUCAUUUGCAGUAGUGAGCAGAGCACCAGUCUGCAGCAGUAAGCAGCAGAUUUCUGGGAGCUUUAAGGGUCUGGAAAGGUCUGUCUGGCUGCAGUCCACCUGCUGUCCACCAUUAUCCUCUGACCUCUCUCUGCUGCAUGGCUCUUGUCUCCUCCUUCCUGUGCCUUGGCCUCUGCUUUAGUUUGAGAUCAAAGAGGACUGGUUCACUGAGGACCUCCUCUGAGAGCAGCUGAGAGCAGCUGAGAGCAGGGGAACACAGAGCUCAGGGGCUAUAGCUGCUCGAGCCACUGCAGUGUCACUGUCUUGUACUGAGAGCUUGGAUGUCCACCAAAGACAAGAAUGUGUGUCUCCCCAUACCCCUUAUUUUGUUUUAUAGUGACAUUAAAAACAACGAUAGUGCUCUUUGGACCUUUUCACAAACAAUGCACUUUGUUUUUUUUCUGGAUCUGAUGAGGAAAUACCAAGUUCAAACCAGAACUACAGAAACAGGAACAAUCUGUAAAUGCAUGCAUAUUGCACUUUGCAGUGCCAUUAGUUUUGCUUUACAAAAAACAGACUUUUUACAAUGAGCUUGAACAGCCGGUGCUCUGCAGAGUCUGUGCUGUGUGUGAGAGGAAAUGACUCGGGGAUCGAAUACUCUCAGGGAGUUGCUGUUCUCUCUACACAAAGCUCUCCAUAUGCAUCAUUGUGCUGCACACAUGUGCAGCUUUUAAAUGUUUCCCAGUGCUUUUGCCAGAGCUGUGUAACAGCCAGCCCAGGAAGUAAAACUAUGAAUCACUGCUGUGUCAAAAAGAAGUUUAGUCAACUUUUGUGUUUGCUUAUCUCUGCCUAUGAUGACUGCCCAACAUUUCUGAUCAGGCCAAAUGGGUAAAUAUUUUAUAAGUCUGAUAAGCUGGAAACUUGAAAAAUGUAGUACCUUCCCAUGAUAUGACAUAGGUGCACUACAGGGUCAUGUUUAACACCAUUUUAUCCAAAUCACAUUGAAUCACAUGUGCGUAUCAUUACGAAAAUGUGAUUUGUAAUUUAAAUCCGUCUAUAAUCCGACCCAUGUCGACAGAAAGAUGUUGCUGUUAUGCAAUGAAACAAUCUCUUAAACUGAUACAAAUAUCCAACUUUUAUGUUACUGCCUUUUCUGAAUGUAUUCCAGAAGCAGAGAAACAUGUAGUGCUUAAUGCUUUGUACAUGGUUACCAUAGUUCCCCAAUAAUAAGUAAUUAGUCAUCUACAGUCACUGACUGAAUGACAUACUGUAUACUGGUAAGUUAUUAGUGUGUUACUGAUGAAUAAUGGUUCUCAACCCUCAGAAAAUAAUUAUUUACUGAUAAAUUAAAAUGUCUACUUUUGCCAUGCACUAUUUUUAUUUAAUGAUGUAUGAAAAUAAAAUAUACUAAUGCCAAAAACUUAA